CAUUGCACUUAAACGCCUGUUUGAUUAUGAAUCAACGUGGAUUUGAAAGCGAACUUCAGUCAUAAAAUACACAAAAGAAAAAUGAAUUCGUCCUUUAUUCCAAGUGAUUGGUUACCAACAGACAAAAUAGAUGGAUUCUGGGAAUUUCUUAAAGCCAUUGAUUGGUCAGAGCCGUGGCUCCGAGUCCUGAUAGCAUUCCACUUCUUCACAUUUAUAGUCGUCAUUCUUCUAAGGAACCAUACCAACAUACAGGGUGUUAUAUUUUUAUUUUUGUUGGGUCUCGUCUAUGCAUCUGAACAGCUAAACAUUCUAGGAGAGAGGCACUGGAGGAAGUUUGCCAGGGAGCAGUAUUUUGAUUCUGGUGGCCUGUUUAUUAGUGUCAUUUUAUCUGUUCCUGUGCUUUUCAAUUGCUUUGUGAUAUUGGUAUCCUGGCUCUGGACUGCUUGCUCCAUGCUCAUUGUCGUUGGGAAAGGUCGGGUGAGAGAGAAACAGAAGCAGCUAGUGAAGGAAGCAAAAGAGGAAGAAAAGAAAAAGACUAAAUAGCACAGAAGAUAUACAUCCUGUAUAAUCCCUAAGAGACAUCACAUCCUCUACUGCUCUGGGAUUGACAGACGACAGCUGCGGAGCUCCUCCCAAGUACAGGUUUGAUGUCACGUCUAAAGCGACAGCGUUCCCAGGAGAUGUGAAAGCUACUGGUGGGUCAUUGUUCAAUUGUAGGCUUCCAGAAUUUCGAGUUCUAUUUAGGAUCACGGUGACUUCUGUGUUAAUGGUAACAGGCUGAGUUGUCUGCCCAAAACCUAUGCCACUCCCUAGAUCAAACCUUCCCUGGAUGAAGCUGUUGAAAUAAGAAAUAGUUUUGACUGUCUUAGUUCAAAGAUCAAAACUACUAGCUAGCCUAAACACAGUCAGCAUCAAAUAAAAAGUUUGUUGAAUUGUUGAGUGUAAAAUAAAGUGUCAUUUUGGAUGUUCA